AAAUCGCACAUUUCAAGGGCAGUAACCAGUAACCAGUGAGACUACUCGGUCCUGUUUAUCCUGCAAGCACCACUGUGAACAUGCUGUGCAGAGUUGGCCAGAUACGCAGGUGUGCAGCCAGCCUCAGCCAAACUUUAAACCUGGUGGCUGCAUCGAGGCAGAAGCACACUCUCCCUGACCUGACCUACGACUAUGGAGCCCUGGAGCCCAGCAUCAACGCAGAGAUCAUGCAGCUGCACCACAGCAAGCACCAUGCCACAUAUGUGAACAACCUCAAUGUUACAGAGGAGAAAUAUCAGGAGGCACUAGCAAAGGGAGAUGUGACGGCACAGGUGGCCCUCCAGCCCGCUCUGAAGUUUAAUGGAGGCGGCCACAUUAACCACUCUAUCUUCUGGACUAACCUCUCUCCUAAUGGGGGAGGAGAGCCACAGGGAGAGCUGAUGGAGGCCAUUAAGCGGGACUUUGGCUCCUUCCAGAAGAUGAAGGAGAGGAUGUCUGCGGCUACAGUGGCCGUGCAGGGGUCAGGCUGGGGCUGGCUGGGCCUCGACAAGGAGAGUGGAAGCCUUCGUAUCGCUGCCUGUGCUAACCAGGAUCCCCUGCAUGGAACUACAGGUCUCAUCCCCCUGCUGGGUAUCGAUGUUUGGGAGCACGCCUACUACCUUCAGUACAAAAAUGUGCGGCCGGAUUAUGUUAAGGCUAUCUGGAAUGUCAUUAACUGGGAAAAUGUGAGCGAGCGUCUUCAGAAUGCCAAAAAGUAGAAUGUAAUCUUUAAAUAUCCUCAAUAAAUCCUUUCACCCGCUCCUGGACUGGGUCAUAUAGAAGUUUUGAACAUUGUUCAGUUUGACAGUGCAUUGAGUACCAAUGAGAAAGUGACGUUCUUGGUAUCCAGGUUAACUGUAUUUUUGACUUUCACAUGAUCAGCUGCACCAAAGUUGAUUUAAAAUAAAUUGUUGCAGAUUAUGUUGCCUCCUUGGAAAACACACCACCCUGCAUGCAUACAGGUUGAAGCAAAUUGAAAGAAAUUAUUUAUGUCUGUUCCCAACCUCCAUACCUUUUUCAUAAGCGCACAAAUUAGCCUUCUUUCACAUCAAAGCUGGCUAUUGUUAAUCAUGCUGAAAUAUUGGCUGAUAUACAUGUAAACUAGGCGUCAGGUAACCAGAGUGUAUAUUCAGUGAGCUCUGUCAGAAUAAGUCAAACUUAAUCAGACAACGUUAUUGCAGUCCAUGAUUUUGAUGUAUUAUAAUAAAAUUAUAUUUCAAUUGUACAAACGUGA